AUGGUGCCCCGGAGGCCACUGUUCUUUCUCUUGCUGCUGGCCCUGCAGGGUGGGCAUGGCUGCCACGGGCCAGAGGUGGACCGGGAGCUUGUUCUGGCCAAGGUGAAGGCCCUGUUCCUGGAUGCCCUGGGGCCCCCGGCAGUGACCAGGGAAGGUGGGGACCCUGGAAUCAGGCGGCUGCCUCGAAGACAUGCCCUGGGGGGCUUCGUGCGCAGGGGCUCAGAGCCCAAGGAGGAGGAAGAUGUCUCCCAGGCUAUCCUUUUCCCAGCCACAGGUUCCAGCUGUGAGGACGAGCCAGCCAUUGGACAAUUGGCCCAGGAGGCUGCCAAGGGCCUCUUUACCUAUGUGUUCCGACCGUCCCAGCACACACGCAGCCGCCAGGUGACCUCAGCCCAGCUGUGGUUCCACACUGGGCUGGACAGGCAGGAUACAGCAGUCUCUAAUAGCUCUGGGCCCCUGCUCAGCCUGCUGGCAUUGUCAUCUGGGGGGCCCAUGGCUGUGCCCAUGUCACUGGGCCAGGCGCCCUCUCACUGGGCUGUGCUGCACCUGGCCUCCUCUGCUUUCCCCCUGCUCAUCCAGCCAGUGCUGGUGCUCCUGCUGCGCUGUCCCCUCUGUUCCUGUUCAGCCCAGCCUGAGGCCACACCUUUCCUGGUGGCCCACACCCGGGCCAUACCACCCAGCGGAGAGAAGAGAGCCCGGCGCUCGACUCCCCCGCUGCCCUGGCCUUGGUCUCCAGCCGCGCUGCACCUGCUGCAGAGACCUCCAGAAGAACCCACUGCCCACACCAACUGCCACAGAGCCUUUGUCAACAUCUCCUUCCAGGAGCUGGGCUGGGACCGCUGGAUUGUGCACCCUCCCAGUUUCGUCUUCCACUACUGUCACGGGAACUGUGGGCUGCCCACCCUACCAAGCCCACCCCUGCCAACCCCCGGGGCGGCCUCCACCCCUGUCCAGCCCCUCUCUUUGGGGCCAGGAGCCCAGCCCCUCUCUUUGCUGCCAGGGGCCCAGCCCUGCUGUGCUGCUCUCCCGGGGACCAUGAGGUCCCUGCGUGUCCGCACCACCUCAGAUGGAGGCUACUCCUUCAAGUACGAGACAGUGCCCAACCUUCUCACGCAGCACUGUGCCUGUAUCUGA